AUGUCAGGAGCAGAACUCAAAAAACGGCAAGUGCCGACAGUCAAUAUGAGUACCACGAAUGACCCCACAAACCAGCCAAAGGCUAACGCGCGAACCGUAACGUGGCACGAGGUUUCCGAGUGGCAGUUCGACAACAAGUAUAUCCUCAGUGGCUAUCGGCCAGCGAAUGCAGACUAUCUGGUGAUCUUUACCAGCCUGGCCUUUUUGCACAACGAGACUUGCAAUGUGCACACUCAUCUGAUCGGGGCUCUGCUCCUACCACUCGUUGCAACUACCUUCCUGUGGUACCUGGGAGAGCCUCAGUUUCUCAAUGUCUCGUCCAUGGACCACGCUAUGUUUAGAGUCUACUUCUGGUGUGCGGAGAUCUGUUUGGCCCUCAGCGCACUUUACCAUCUGAUGCAACCCCACUCGCAUCAAGUAGAACAGUUCUGGCAUGGAAUGGAUCUGCUUGGUAUUAUCAUUGUGACAGUGGGCACAUUCUCUUCCAGCAUCUACUAUGCAUUCUUCUGUGAAGCGAGCUUGGAAAAAUUCCACUGGGCUAUUGUCUUGACCACGGGCACUGCUACCGGUGUUCUAACCUCGAAUUCCCUGCUCAAAACGCCGCGCUGGCGGAAAGUGAAGGUGGGUACCUUCGUUAUUUUUGGUGCUUCAUCGUUUAUACCCUUGCUGCAUGGAGUCCAACGAUACGGGCUUGAAUACAUGCUCCAAUACUCGGGAAUGAAAUGGUAUCUGCUCGAGCUUACUUUCUAUGGCACUGGCGUCGGUUUAUACGCGUUCCGAAUUCCGGAGCGUUUGGCACCGGGUAGGUUUGAUAUCUGGGGAAGCUCGCACCAGCUCUUUCAUAUCGCUAUCUUAUGCGCAAUGUACACACACUUUAUUGCUCUGCUGCAAGGUUUCACAACUUCUCAUACACUGGAUGUGUGUCGGCUUCAGGGUGUCUAUUGA